GUGAAGAACUCCAUGAGUUUCAGUGGUCCAGUGGAAGACAUGUUUGGAUAUACGGUUCAACAAUAUGAAAAUGAAGAAGGAAAAUGGUUGGAAUCGUACAGUAUGGAGAAAAUGUAACCCAUGAGUUCAACCUCAAUAAAUAUUCAUCAACAGAAGAGGUACUUGUUGCAGCAAAAAAUAUAGGUCGGAGAGGUGGCCUCCAGACUAUGACAGCUCUGGGAAUAGACACAGCAAGGAAGGAGGCAUUCACUGAAGCCCGGGGUGCCAGAAGGGGAGUUAAAAAAGUCAUGGUUAUUGUGACGGAUGGAGAGUCCCAUGACAACUAUCAGCUGAAUAAGGUCAUCCAAGACUGUGAAGCUGAAAAUAUUCAGCGAUUUUCCAUAGCUAUUCUUGGUCACUAUAACCGAGGAAAUUUAAGCACUGAAAAAUUUGUGGAGGAAAUAAAAUCAAUCGCAAGUGAACCUACUGAAAAACACUUCUUCAAUGUCUCAGAUGAACUGGCCCUGGUCACCAUUGUCAAAGCUCUGGGAGAAAGAAUAUUUGCUUUGGAAGCCACAGCUGACCAGUCAGCAGCUUCAUUUGAAAUGGAAAUGUCUCAGACUGGCUUCAGUGCUCAUUAUUCACAGGACUGGGUCAUGCUUGGAGCGGUAGGAGCCUAUGAUUGGAAUGGAACAGUCGUCAUGCAGAAGGCUAAUCAAAUCAUCAUCCCUCAAAACACAACCUUUCAAGUUGAAUCUACCAAAAAGAAUGAACCUCUUGCUUCUUAUUUAGGUUACACCGUGACCUCUGCCACAGUCCCUGGAGAUGUGCUGUAUGUCGCUGGACAGCCUCGGUACAAUCACACAGGCCAGGUCAUCAUCUAUAGGAUGGAGGAUAGAGACAUCAAGAUUCUCCAGACACUCAAUGGAGAGCAGAUUGGUUCCUACUUUGGCAGUGUUUUAACAACAAUUGACAUUAAUAAAGAUUCUUAUACUGACACGCUUCUCAUUGGAGCUCCAAUGUACAUGGGAACAGAGAAAGAGGAACAAGGAAAAGUGUAUGUGUACACUCUGAAUCAGACAAGGUUUGAAUAUCAGAUGAGCCUGGAACCAAUUAAGCAGUCUUGCUGCUCAUCUCUGAAACACAAUUCAUGCACAAAGGAAAACAAAAACGAGCCAUGUGGGGCUCGUUUUGGAACUGCUAUUGCAGCUGUAAAAGACCUUAAUGUGGAUGGAUUUAAUGACAUCGUGAUAGGAGCUCCUCUGGAAGAUGACCACGCAGGAGCUGUAUACAUUUACCACGGCAGUGGCAAGACCAUAAGGAAAGAGUAUGCACAACGUAUUCCAUCAGGUGGGGAUGGAAAAACAUUGAAAUUUUUUGGCCAGUCUAUCCAUGGAGAAAUGGAUUUAAAUGGUGAUGGCCUGACUGAUGUGACUAUCGGGGGCCUUGGUGGUGCUGCCCUCUUCUGGUCCCGAGAUGUGGCUGUAGUUAAAGUGACCAUGAAUUUUGAACCCAAUAAAGUGAAUAUUCAAAAGAAAAACUGCCGUGUGGAGGGAAAGGAAACAGUGUGCAUAAAUGCUACAAUGUGUUUUGAUGUGAAAUUAAAGUCUAAAGAAGACUCCAUUUAUGAAGCUGAUAUGCAGUACCGCGUCACUCUAGAUUCACUAAGACAGAUAUCACGAAGUUUUUUCUCUGGAACUCAAGACAGAAGGAUUCAAAGAAACAUCACAAUUCGAGAAUCCCAAUGCACUAAGCACUCCUUCUACAUGUUGGAUAAACAUGACUUUCAGGACUCUGUGAGAAUAACUUUGGAUUUCAAUCUUACUGAUCCAGAAAAUGGGCCUGUUCUUGAUGAUUCUCUACCAAACUCAGUACAUGAACAUAUUCCCUUCGCCAAAGAUUGUGGAAACAAGGAAAAAUGUAUCUCGGACCUCACCCUGGGUGUAUCCACCACAGAAAAAGACCUCCUUAUUGUCAAGUCCCAGAAUGACAAGUUCAAUGUCAGCCUCACAGUCAGAAACAAAAGGGACAGUGCCUAUAAUACCAGAACCAUCGUGCAGUAUUCUCCAAAUCUAAUUUUUUCAGGAAUUGAGGGGAUCCAAAAAGAUAGUUGUGAAUCCAAUCAUAAUAUCACAUGUAAAGUUGGAUAUCCUUUUCUGAGAACAGGAGAAAUGGUAACUUUCAAAAUAUUAUUUCAGUUUAAUACAUCAUGUCUUAUGGAAAAUGUGGCUGUUCAUUUAAGCACAACAAGUGACAGCGAAGAACCUCCUGAAUCCCUUGCUGAUAAUGAAGCAAAUAUUUCCAUCCCAGUAAAAUAUGAAGUUGGACUACAGUUUUACAGCUCUGCAAGUGAAUACCAUAUUUCAAUUGCGGCCAAUGAGUCAGUUCCUGAAGUUAUUAAUUCCACUGAAGACAUUGGAAACGAAAUCAAUAUCUUGUACUUGAUUAGAAAAAGAGGACAUUUUCCAAUGCCAGAACUUCAGCUGUCGAUUUCAUUCCCCAAUUUGACAUCAAAUGGUUUUCCUGUGCUAUAUCCAGUUGGAUGGUCAUCUUCUGAUAAUGCAAACUGCAGACCCCAGAGCCUCGAGGAUCCUCUUGGUAUCAACUCUGGAAAGAAAAUGAUGAUAUCAAAAUCUGAAGGUCUCAAACAAGGCACAAUUCUGGACUGCAGCACAUGUAAAUUGGCUACCAUCACAUGUAAUCUGGUUCCCGCUGAAGUAAGCCAGGUGAAUGUGUCACUUAUCUUGUGGAAACCAACUUUUAUAAAAACACAUUUUUCUAGCUUAAAUCUGACAGUAAGGGGAGAGCUUCAGAGUCAAAAUACAUCACUGAUUUUAAAUAGUAGCAACCAAAAAAGAGAGCUUGCUAUUCAAGUUUCCAAAGAUGGGAUCCCAGGCAGAGUGCCAUUAUGGGUUAUCCUCCUGAGUGCAUUCGCAGGACUCUUGCUGCUAAUGCUGCUCAUAUUAGCACUGUGGAAGAUUGGAUUCUUCAAACGGCCACUAAAAAAGAAAAUGGAAAAAUAAAUGCUUUAUAAGAGAAAACAAGUAGCAAUUAUUAAAUGAUCUAUCCUCAGGUUUGCCUCAAAUAUGUGACAAGAAGUUUGUAAAUACAACCAAAGACAUGGUCACAUAACUCUAUUCAAUCAGGAAUUAAUCACUUGGAAAAUGGCAGAUCAAGCAUGGUCCAAAAGCAAUCUCACAAAGAUAUGUUUUAGAAAAAUGAUGAGAAAUAUUUUAAAAUAAUUACUCAUUUUUGUUGAGUAAGCAAAAUUGCACUGUUGAAAGAAGAAGAAUCAACACAAAUAUGUUUUUAUGUUAAAUCACCACCAAAGUGUUUAAGGAAUACACAAAAAAGUUUUAUGAUCUUGUGUUCAUUGAACUAUUUACUUUCAAAAGAGUAUAAAGUGAGCAUUUUUUCCCCUGACUACUGAUGGAUAUCCACCAUUGGCAUCACAGCCAGCAUUUGGAAAUGCCAACAAAGGAAUUACCUGCAAAAGAUCAUUUUUUCCAAUUCAAAUGAAAAGGUUUUCCUCUCGUAGAGUCUAUACACAAUACAGACUGAAAACAGAACUAAAUCACAGAGAAUAUAUUCGACAUCCUUUUAUUUGUUUCUGUAAUUGGAAAGUUGUUUUCCCAAAGUGAUUGGAAAUGCAAUUGAGCUAAAAUUCUAGGUAGAAGAUAGAGUGGUUGUUUAAAAAAUGAAUGCACUGAAUGAAUUAUUUUAAACUUUUAUAGAACACGCUUGAUUUUAAUAUUAAGCUCUAAAAUACAAAACUUUCAUAUAGUAAAAAACACCUUAUGUAGUUUUGUGUACCAUAACAGUGAGUUGUCAUGAAAAGCCACAUUAUAUGUGGGAUAUGCCAGAAUGAUUUCUGAGUUAAAUUGAUGCCCCUGAAAUGCUGAAAUCUUUGCUGAGCAGCUUUUGAAUGCUAGUGGUUCCAAGAUGUUACAUAAAUUAGGAGCUUUCUCAACUCCUUGGUACAGGGUUUGUUCAAACCCCCCAAGCUGUGAGAAUGUUUAUUUUUAAUUUUUUAAAAAUAUUUAAUUUUCCAAACACAUUUAUUAUUUUUAUGAAAAGAAAGUAUUCCAUUUCAAUAUUGCGUUUUGCCAAGAACUCACUGCUUUUGAAUGUGGCUUAUCAAUAUUUAAAUAGAACCCAAGAAAUGUAUUUUAAAGAAUUUCCAGUUUGAAAGCUCAAGCCAGCAGAAAGAUAUCACACUUUUGUAUAUACUUCUUUGUUCUUGAAAUAAUCAUUAUAAUUCUUUGGACUCUGCUGUAACAUAAACUUCCAGGUUGAUCCUUUUUUUUUAAAUAAGAAAAUAACAAUCAAUUGAAUGUAUAGUAUCUGCAUGUGUGAACUACUGCUGUAAAAUUUGCUGAUACGUCUGCAACAAUUCCAUUUCUCCAGUAAUUUACCAUCACAAAACCAGAACCUGUCCGUAGCCUGAAAGUGCUUUCUUCAAAAAACAGAAAAUCAGCAGAGAAAUUAAAUGCCAUGGGUUUAUUUUUUUAAUCUAAUUUCUGAGGAAUUAUCUGAGGACUCAGAUUCAGCCUACCUCUUGGCUUUUUGCCUCCACAUCUAAGAUCUUGAAGGCUCAAAGGAUGAACCUUAAGAAAUCCCAAGGUCAUUAGUAGCUAGAAGAAAGGUAGUAGAAAGCUGGAAUAAAGAAGAAAUUUUCACCAUUCUCAAUAUCUCUCUGCACGUUCUUUUUCACCUGCUCUUUCUUUGCCAUUGAAACUCAGGGUUUCUCCUAUUGAGAAUUACUAUGUUGCACACCUCCAGGGAUCACCUGUGCAGCAGACCUGCUCCAAUCUCAGCACCUUCUGAGAAAUUGAAUAAACUUAAAUUCAUCCUUGGUGUCUGUGACAGCUAGACAAAGCAUUCACUGAACUAUGCAUGUUCAUAUUAAACUGAAUACGUUGUUAAGCCAAAGGGGGAAAACAUAAAUUAGGGCAUUUGAACUUCAAGAAAACAGCGGGAGAGCACUUGGCCAGAUCAAAUAACUGCCUCAGCCAUUUUCCUACCAUAAUUUUUAGCAUUAGUCAUUCCUGGCUAUUAGUAGAAUAUUUAAUGGAGCAGAGAUCCCAUUUCCACACUGUUAUAAUUUGUUGAGGUCUAUUUGAGUAUAUAUACAUGUAUGCACACAUGUACACAUACAAAUUGAAUACAAAAUACCUAAAUAAUCCCAAAUGAGAGGCUUACAAAAAAUACAAAAGCUACACCAGCCACAAAAGUUGGUUUCCUCUACUUUUAAUAUGCUAUGUAUUUUCAUUAAUAUUUAGGU